CAAAGGAAGGCCGGUUGUUGGGGGGACGAGAUGCGCGUUUUGACUCGCCGCCUCUGUACAUAAAACGGCGGCGAAUCCUUCUCGGUCAAGCAUGCACCAAUACAUCGAUAACUGUCUGUCGAUUCAGUACGGUCACAUCCCACUCCGUUAUUCCCCUUCCCCCCCCUCGACCACCACGAUCGUCCCGCAUGAUCAACACCGGCCACUGCGAUGCCCGCCACACCACGUAAAAGCAACUGCACCCCGAUCGUCCCGUCGGCCCACUCCGAGCGAGCGUUCCCAUUCUCAGACUUCCUCACUCAGCCCGUAUACUCGUCUCCGCGUCAAUACCCUCGAGAUUGCUUGCAGGUCACCUAUGACGGCGAAGAGGAUGAAGAUGACGACGACGAGCCUUCGGCGGGAUGGCCGUACGAUACCAACUUUCCUGGACAAUACAGCCCCUUCCUCGUUCACAAGACGUUCCAUGCGCCCGGCGUAGGCGGAAGUGGGAGGCGUCUCAACUCGCCCGUUCCCCGAAUCGAUACUAGUGUCGUCGGCGCAUCGACAGUCGCGACGGGGGAAUGGCAUACCAUGAGGACGGUCUACCAUCAUGACCACGACACCGAUCAUGAUCAAGAGGUUCCGACCCUGAUCAUGUCUGAUUCGACGCACGCGCCAACGACGCUCGUCUCGGCUUCGUUCCAUGAUGGUGCCGGGACGAUCGAUCAUCGACCCAGACCUCGAGGUCGCGGAUUUGCUCCGAAGCCUCUCCAGACGCUAGGCAAGCGGACCGUCCGAGAUCACCUUAGAGAUCACUUCGACGUCGAUGAGAAUGACCAGGACGAGGAUGACAUUCAGAUUUGGAUUGAGAAUGUCGAAGAUCUAGAUCACUCGGACUUGACGACGAUCCAAGAGCAGCAGAUCUCUACUCCAGAGUUGUCCGAGACGGGCACCGUCGUUCCCUCUCCAGAGCAGGAUAUUGACCGACAUCAUCAUCAUCUAGUCCGGGACUUGGCCGGGCUGGGAUUGCGAACGACCAGACCAAGGCAAGGGCCAACUCUUCCGCCGGUCGACCUAGGCCAGCAACCCAACGUUCUCGAAGACGUCCCUCGGGGCCGUACGAUGGAGCGCAAACGGACGAACCGCAGAGGUCGGCAUCUUCUUUCGGGUUGAGGCCCGUAAUCUGUCCAUCCUUGUCCCUGAGAUUCGACGAGAAACAUUGUCUGUUUUAUCGAGCACAGGGCUCGGUUUGUCGUAGCCCUCCAUUACGGUCGAGCAGGAGUGUAGCAGUGCAGAAGUCUGUUGAGCGUGCUCUGCCGCCCGUCUGUCCGAUAGCUUUUGAUGCCUGCGCAUUUUGUUGUCCCCGAGAUGGGAAAGUUUUUGGUUGUUGUAUUGCAUGUACUGUGCGAGAUCCCGCCCGUCGUUGGCGCUCGCGGAGAAUGACGCUCUCCCCAU